UCCAUGCCCUUACUGGGAAGACAUGGAGCGCUAUGGACACAGUCUACACGAACCGAGUAGGAAUCUCAGCUAGAGACAUAAAUAUUUCUCCAGCAAGGAAACGAACGAUUUGAGAGGCCGAGAGAAAAGACAGGUCGGGCCCGGUUGAGGAUGGAGUGUGCAUUUGACGCACAGAACCUGAUUUCCAUUUCUUUGAGGAAAAUCCAAAGCUCCAGGACGCAGAGAGGAGGCAUCAAGCUCCACAAGAACUUGCUGGUAACGUACGUACUGAGAAACGCCAGGCAGUUUUACAUGAGCAAAAACUUGUCGCAGGCGCAGAGGACGCAUCACUACGAGGAUGUAGCCGCAGUCCGCGAGAGGCAAGAAUAUCUCGAACUGACCGGGAGCCUAACGGAGUUGUCUGAUGACUUCUACUGCAACUUUACUGGGGUUGAGUCGGACACUUGGCACUGCGGAGCGCACCAGCCCAUCGGCCAGCCUGCGGAGGUGGCGCACCAAGACGCGUCUGCCUGCGCAGCGGUCUCUCCAGGCGACUCUGAUCUCAUGGUUUCGGAUGCUUGCUGGAGUUGUGCGGACAAAUCACCCUGGGAGUUACCUAUCCCAAACGCGCAAGCCAACCAAAAGACUGUCCUGGACUUGGACACGCAUGUGGUGACUACCGUCACGAACGGAUACUUCCACUCAGACUGUUGCGCGCAGUCAAAACAGCCGCAGGGCGCGCAGUGCUACAGCAAAAAGCGAAAGAUGGACACAAGUUAUCACAUUGUUGACCCAGAGUUUUAUCUGCCGGACUUCGGCCCAGUGCCAUGCAAACGAAUGAGAACUGACGACGAUUCGCACUCAGACACGGAGCAGUUGGACAGCACGAACAUCUCCAACCUGAUCUCGGUGCUGGGUUCAGGUGGACUAUCUGAGUUUGUGAGUUGGCAGCAGACGGACCUUGAGCAAAUAUUCGCCGCGCAAACAAUUUGUUUGAAACACACACUGUUAACAGGCAGCGGCUGGACCAGAGCAAUCGAAGCGUUUUGAUUUGUAAGACUGUUUUUUUGUUUGUUUGUUUGUUCUUUUUCUUUGUAUGGUUUUUAUUUUAAUGCUUUCAAAUAAACAAUGACACGACUGCAAAUCAUCUCUCUCCUCUGUUCUUCUGACGCGCUGAUGAGCUGUGGCUGUAUGGAGCGGUCCUGCCCGUCUCCGGUUAGGCUGUUCUCGCACAUUAACAUGUCCGGUGCCAAUUGAUGUAAUUUAUUCACACAAUGUACCUUUCAUUUAAACCCCCUUAUUUGACUGGCCGGUGAUGGUUCGGGGUUCUGGAGAGACUGCCUUCGGUUGGCGUUAACGCUGCUCCCAAGGAAAGAUGUUGGAAGAGCGCCAUCAUGUGGUCGGUCCAGAUCUGUACAGCCUCAUGCAUCAGAUCAACGCAGAGCAUCAUUCUGUAAAUGUAUUAUUUAUACCAGGGCCUGGUU